UAAGGUCUGUCUGGCCGACCUUCAGCAGCGCUGGUGGCACCAUGUUUUGUAGAGCUACUAUCGCCAGCUCCUCCGCCUGGGCUCUGCAGCCGCAAUGGAUCCAAGUCAGAAAUAUGGCAACUUUAAAAGAUAUUACCAGGAGACUAAAGUCAAUCAAAAACAUCCAAAAAAUUACCAAGUCUAUGAAAAUGGUGGCAGCUGCAAAGUAUGCCCGAGCUGAGAGAGAGCUAAAACCAGCCAGAGUAUAUGGAGUUGGAUCUUUGGCUCUUUAUGAAAAAGCUGAUAUUAAGGCUCAAGAAGACAUGAAGAAACACCUUAUUAUUGGUGUAUCCUCUGAUCGAGGCCUUUGUGGUGCUAUCCAUUCCUCAGUUGCUAAACUGAUUAAAAAUGAGGUUGCUACCCUCACAGCAGCUGGAAAGGAAGUUAUGAUUGUUGGAGUUGGUGACAAAAUCAGAGGCAUCCUUAAUAGAACUCACUCUGACCACUUCUUGGUGACAUUUAAAGAAGUGGGAAGGAAACCCCCUACCUUUGGAGAUGCUUCAAUCAUUGCCCUUGAACUACUAAAUUCUGGAUAUGAGUUUGAUGAAGGAUCUAUUAUCUUUAAUCGAUUCAGGUCUGUUAUCUCUUAUAAGACAGAAGAAAAACCCAUCUUUUCCCUAAAUACCAUUGCAAAUGCUGAGAGUAUAACUGUUUAUGAUGACAUUGAUGCUGAUGUGUUGCAAAACUAUCAAGAGUAUAAUCUGGCAAACAUCAUCUACUACACUCUAAAGGAAUCCACCACCAGUGAGCAGAGUGCAAGAAUGACAGCUAUGGACAAUGCUAGCAAGAAUGCCUCUGAGAUGAUUGAUAAGUUGACUUUGACAUUUAAUCGUACUCGCCAAGCUGUCAUCACAAAGGAGUUGAUUGAAAUCAUCUCUGGUGCUGCAGCUCUGAACUAAUGGAUCCAAGUUUUAUCCAAAUUCAAGAGGUAAAGACAUGAAAUGAAGCAAGCUAAUUAGUUUAGCCUACUUUUGUCUGUCAGAAGAACUCUUGGUCCACUGUGUACGUGGAAGACAAAAUAUUUGUAAAUUAUCUUACAAUAAACAAAUUACAUGAAAA